AUUCUCUUCUCUCUCUUCUUGGUGGGGUCCAUAGCCAGCUCUCCUGUUGCUCAGAGAUGUGGAGGCAGUUGCUAAGAGACAGCGAAACGUCAGUACCUGGCCCUCGAGGAAAAAAGGGAGCGAAAAAGGGAGAGAGGAGGGGGAGAGAGGAAAGGAAGGCGGAGGGAGGGGAAGACCUGGCGGAAGCCUCAUACCCCAGCAGCCUCAGCACCAGCUGAGUUUCGGGAAGAAGCAUUCAGAGGAUUCUGUGAACUUUCUUCUAAGCAUCCUCUCUCAGAUUCCCCGUUUGAGUAAAAGAAGGGGACCGGCCAGGCACCAGGAGCACAGGACAGGAAACCACAGAGGAUGCUGCCCCGGGAUCCAGGAGCCAUGGAGAACGAGAAGCCGGGGGAAGGGAAGUGCCGGGGAGGCAAUCUGUUCUAAAGCAGCAAGCGGGAUUCCAGGAUGAGGGAGGGAGACCCACGUCUGCUGCAGAUUGAUGGCUGUGUCCUUGGAACAGAAGGGAAUUCUGCCCCCGCCUGCUGAACGCAGAGCUGGGCUGGGAGAGAGGCACUGGCCGGGGAGAAGUCGCCAAAGCGGUCCUAGCUGAUCUCCAUCCUGCUUCUCCAGGACACAUGGCUCUUUCCAGCCUUGGCAGCCGGCAGUGGGUGUCACUCAAGGUCCUCCCCAACCUGGGGGAAGAAGACCCUCCUUGGGGAUUUCAGUAGAUGCUGAGGCUGACGACUCAGGCUUUCAGGAGGCCCAUGGAGACCCACUCUGCCCCAGGCUCCCUUCCCAAAACACCCACCCCAGGACCCCCUUGGACUCGAGCCCCCUGGGCCAUCAGAAGAAAUGGCUUCUGAGACCUCAAAUGCCAGAGACCCACAUGCAGCCCUGGCCUCCUAAUCGGUCCCAGACUCGGGACGGGGCUCCGGGUUUUUAGAUGUGCCAGGACCUUCAACAGGCACAAUCUAUGUCCUUCACCCCCUCCCCCACCUGUCCAACAUAAUACAAGACAGGAAGCAGCCAGGGGUCAUGGGUGAGAGGAACACAGAUCCACAGGGACCCUUCCAGGACCUGCUAGCAGCUGGUCCAGCCCUAGCCUCGGUCCCUCACUCUCUCAAGUGUUGAUCAUCUUUUCAGACCCUGUAGGACCUCGGCUGGAUUUAUUGCCCCCUCGGCUCCAAAGGGGACUUCCUGUGGAUCUCCCCUAGGGAGCCCUCUGGUGCUCAGAGGCUCCGGGGAAAGGCUUGAGCCAUGAUACCACGUGCCCAGAAGCCCCACCUUCCGGGGCCCUGGCCCUGAUGUAGCUGUCUUUCGGAGCCACCGACUCUUGAUUCAUGAACACAGCCCCGGCCCCAGUGGGCUCCCUUCAGCAGGGCGGGUGCCAGCUGCCUAAGAUGGGUGACACCUGGUCCCAGCUGCCCUGGCCUGGGCCCCCCCACCCAGCUGUGCUGCUGGUCUCCCUCCUCUUGGCAGCCGGGGCCAUGCGCUCGGAUGCCGGCGCUAGCUGCCCGGUCCUCUGUACAUGCCAUAACCAGGUGGUGGAUUGCAGCAGCCAACGGCUGUUCUCCGUGCCCCCAGACCUGCCGAUGGACACUCGCAACCUCAGCCUGGCCCACAACCGCAUCGCGGCCGUGCCACCCGGCUACCUCACGUGCUACAUGGAGCUCCGGGUGUUGGAUCUGCGUAACAACUCCUUGGUGGAGCUGCCCCCGGGCCUCUUCCUCCACGCCAAGCGCUUGGCACACCUGGAUCUGAGCUACAACAACCUCAGCCAUGUGCCGGCCGACAUGUUCCAGGAAGCCCACGGCCUCGUGCACAUCGACCUGAGCCACAACCCGUGGCUGCGCAGGGUGCACCCCCAAGCCUUCCAGGGCCUGGUGCAGCUCCGAGACCUGGACCUCAGCUACGGGGGCCUGGCCUUCCUCAGUCUCGAGGCCCUGGAGGGCCUGCCGGGGCUGGUGACCCUGCAGAUCGGCGGCAACCCCUGGGUGUGCGGCUGCACCAUGGAGCCCUUGUUGAAGUGGCUGCGGAACCGGAUCCAGCGCUGCACGGCGGAUUCUCAACUGGCUGAGUGUCGGGGGCCCCCUGAAGUCGAGGGUGCCCCACUCUUCUCCCUCACUGAGGAGAGCUUCAAGGCCUGCCACCUGACUCUGACCCUGGAUGAUUAUCUCUUCAUUGCAUUUGUGGGUUUCGUGGUCUCCAUUGCCUCCGUGGUCACCAACUUCCUCCUGGGCAUCACAGCCAACUGCUGCCACCGUUGGAGCAAGGCCAGUGAAGAGGAAGAGAUUUGACGUGGGUGCCUGACAUCUCUCAUGCUGCUGGCCACCACUGCUUCUGACCACUGGACGCUGCUCACUCUGGCUCCAUGGUACCCUGGCCACUUCAUGACCCAAGCAAGGUCAGGAAACCACCUUUGUGCGAGCCUUGACUGUGGGCCAGACACUGUGCCAAAUGGAAAUGUCAGAUGACUCUAACCUAGCCCCUGCCCUCUAGGCUCUUACCUCUAAUAGAAGAGAGAGAUUCAAAAACUAUUCCCUAUAAGACAAUUUGUCAGCACUCUGAGCACAUAGUUAUGAAAGCCCAGAGGAGGGAUCAUCAAUUGUGCCUAGGAAAGUCUAAAAGAAUUACAAGAAUGGAGGCAAUUUGCAAACAGAGUUAUCAAAAAAUGUCUGCUUUGUCAAGUAGACAAAGAAAGGGGGACAUAAGCAAAUGACGGAGGCCAAAAUAUGCAUGGUGUGUUGAGAACAGUGACCACUCCUCGUGACUUAAGUGUAUAGAGCAGAUGCGGCACAGGACCAAAACUUCCCUCUGACACCCAAUCUUUCCGCUCCUGGAGUUGCCCAACACUGCCUCCUGAAGAAGAGAACACCCCCAUGCCAGCCUCCUAGGUCUCCUGCCAGGAGCUACGAGGUGAGACCACCUCAUAUUGACUGCCUCCCAAACUAAGUCCACCAAAUGCAGCCUGCAAGUGAGGUCCCAGGUACCGAGCUGAGGGUGGACACUUUCGGUGUCCUUUCUCCUACCCUUGUCUCCUGCCUCUCACCUGAGCUUCAGCUUCAGAAGAGGGAAGCAGGAAGUCCAGCAAUUGGGCAGCAAGAGUCUUGGCACCCCGGAACUCCUAAUCUUGUGACUGUUCUUGCCACGGUGCUCCCACCAAAGGAUCUCAUCAAGAAAGUGCACUGUAGCACAAGGGUAGCCAGGACUGAAGGAAUAGAAGGCCACCACAGUUGUGACCAUAGGAGGAUUUGCUCUUUCUUCUGAGCAAUUCACCCAUUUAAGCAUCAGGGUAUGAGAGCUAUUAAUUAAUUACCAAGCAGUUGCCAGUGUCAGGCACUGUGAUAAGCUCUCUCCACAGACAAUUCAUUUUAAUGCAUACAACAAUCUUCUGAGGUAAGCAUUGUUGUUCCCAUUGUACAGAUGAGGAAAUAAAGGUUCAGAGAGCAUUCAAAGUCACAUGUUGCUUAACAAGCAAAAUAAAGUCUGUGUUCUUUCUACCCAAUCCGAGCUGAGGAACAUCACAGUUCCCUCUGAAGUUAUAUAAGUUUGAAUUCGAGUAGUGCUGAUGAAUAAGUGCUCCCAACAAGGGUCAGGCACUCUUCGGGGCACUUUUAAAUUUAUUGACUUAUUUAUUUCAAUUCUCACAGCAACACUGCCUGGUGGUUUUUAUUAUUCCCAUUUUAUAGAUGAAUUAAGUGUAGAGAGAUGAGUAUCUUACCCAAACUUAUCCGGGUACACUCUAGAAGGAAGGUGAUAGGCAGCUCUAUUCAGGGAAACUGUCUAAUCAGUCUGUCAAAAAUCAAGUAACUUGAUGUGUGAAGCUCUAUUAUCACCAUUGUUGCCGUCAUCUCCAACUUUGCCAUCAGCUUCGUCAGCUUCCACCCUGUUUUUGUUCAGCACUGGACAGCUCCUAAAAUGCUGUGGCAUCAUUCUUGACUUUUCACAACCCAUUACUCCUAUUUUACAUAUUGGAAAAUAGAGACUCAAGAGCAGAUGUGACUUGCCAAAGCAGUAAAGCUGGGACUCAACUCCAACUCGGUUCUCUCUUCAGCUUUCCCAGGUGUUUGGGAAACAGAAUGCCCAGGAUGGCUGGGUAGUAGGGCCCUCGGAUUCAGCAGCCAUGAACGUCCAGUAUGUCAGCUAAAUAAAAGGCAGUAAAACCCAGCUCCUUCACAGAUUUAGAUGUUCUCACAGUAGAGCAAUUGGAGCCUCUGAAACACAGGAGCAGCACAAAUAGCACAUGAAUAGGAGUCAUCUGCCUUGCAACGUGCAAAUAACACAUUAGAACUGGUGGCCUUGGUGGAAAUCAUGCAAAAAAGAAGUUCUUUGGGAAACGAGAGAUGAAGCUGUGCUAACCCCUCCUACUCAAGCCCUGCUGUGUUGUGUUGCAAGAGAUACAAUGGUUGCAGGAGAGAUGGGGUGAGAACCUCAGCAGGACAGAGGAGGACAUUAAGGCACAGUCCCAACAUGUUGGUAAGGCUGGCCAGGAUGAAGGUUAAAAACAGGGGCUUUCUACCUAGUCCUCAGCUCCAACAAUUUUGCAUCGUCCCAUCCUCCUAGGAAAGGAAUAAAGAAAAAUAACAUGUCAUCUUCCAAGAAGUCUUCCCUUACUCAUGCUUCCUUGAGCUAGUCAACCAAAAGAGCACCCAGAAAGUUUGCUGGACCUGGGGUACUUGAACCUCGUAUCUCACAACAUCUGAGCAAGGCCCCCACUCCUGUGACAUCUGGAGCAGAACUGUGCCUGCUCUCUUCUUCCACUCUGCCCAAGGACAGAUGGACUGGGGCUGCUCUUUACCAAUCAAGCUAAUAGCCUAAUGUACUUGGGGUGAAACUUUUAGAAAUAAUAGUCUUGACACAAAUAGUUAAACCUCCCAUAGAGGGGCACCAUAUACAUCUAUUAUAAUCUCCUAGAGACUCUUAUUUGCUGAAAUAUAGUUAAUAUAUUUUAAGAUAUGUACCUUUUUUGCAUAGAACUAGAACCAAACAAGAUUCCAAAUGCCCCUUGAAUUCAAAUGUCCUUUCUAAUGAGAUUAUUUGGUCCCUGUUAAUGGCACACCUUUCUGAGUAGGAUACAUGGCUUUUAAAGAACACAUUCCUCUCCAGCUACUAGAAGGUCCCCAGUUAACUAAAGCACAAUGAUAAAACUCCCCUACCACCAAGGAAUUCCAUUUCUCCCACCACCAUCUUGCACAGGCAAUCAGAAGCAAGCUUCUAGAAGCACACUUCUCUGGAGGUAAUCUAACUGCCCAAUUGGAAAUGUUCACACAACCCUUCUGACCAAGAAACCAUGAUGGUAUCCCUAGAAGUCUUGAGUAAGUUUUUCCAGACUAGUUAACACGUAAAUGUUGUGGUAUCUUUGAGUCCAUGUGUCUGUUCAUGAGGUUCCAUAUAUGUUGGGUAUCUACUGAUACGGGGACAACUUCUCUGGAACUUGAGUUCAUUUCCCUGACAUUACUCAACCAUCUCUUUAUUGCAUCACUUGAUACACUAAUAUGGAAUCACAUUAGGGCUGGGUUAGGUAUAGCUGCUCAGAAAAAUAUAAAAAGAGAAAAAUAUGUAGCUGAGGCAGCCCAGCCACAGCCUGACUGCUUCCUUCUGUUCUCUAUCCCUCAGAGAUUUGUCCUCAUCACAGAAUCUUCUUUCAUGCUGGGUCUGAGGAUAUCAAAGUUUAACUAACCAACAGAGCUGUGACAGUCAAAGUCUGGGCCAUGAAAAUUGUUUUUUAGAAAAGACCCCAAUCUGCACCACAUCACUCUGGACCAGUUGCUUCUGGUCACUCUCAGACAAUCUCUCAUCUGUUUCUCCAUUCCUUUAGGGAUUACCAGGGAAUCCUGCAAAAAUAGGUCCCCAGAGUUGAUACAGUUUGCUAGCUUCUCUCAAGGAAGAUGGCAUAUGGAAUUUGAACAAACCAAGAGAGGCAUUUCUCUUCAACCAUCAGGAAAGACCUACAACCUCCAUUUUCCUUGUAGAUGUCUUUGUUGAUAUUGCUCUGACAUUCUUUUAAGCUCUGGAAGAGUAUAAGGAGACAUCUUUGCUCAUCCCUCAGAAGAAAAUUUUCCCAAAGCUAGAGAAACUUGUCUGCUCUACCCACCUCAGAAGGAGGCAAAAGGGAAGCAAAGGAGGCAAAUUGCAAGGUCUUGUGUAAAUCACCACCAUGUUUGCCACAGCUCUGGAUAGAGAGCUCUGGAUCCACUGAGCUCUCAGUUUUUCUAAACACUGUCCUGUGGAAUGCUGAUGUCUGGGGGUGGGAGGGUUAGGGAGGGGUGGGGAAGGGGAAGAUGCCAACCUUUGUAUGGAGAUGAUUUUAUAACCAUGCACUUUUGUAACUGUGAAGACUUUUUCAUAAAUGUACAUUAAUAAUAAAGAGUGUAUAGUUUAA